GGUCUAAUACACUAUGUUAGAGAAGGAUGGGAAGAAGGGUAUCGUCUACGUAUUUCUUGGGAUGAUGUGUCUGAUUCUCUGUCAUCAUCUGCAAAUUCUUCAUUGCUUCUGCGUUUAAAUAACAAGGCUUUUUAAGUCUUGCUAUGUCUUCCAAAAGGAUGAAUCUUGGUUCCAGAGAUUUAAUUAGCGGUUUACCAGAUUGUCUUAUUUGCCACAUCUUGUCUUUCGUUUCCACUAAAGAAGCUGCCUCCACAUCUAUUCUAGCGAAACGAUGGAGAUAUCUAUUUGCUCUUACACCAAAUCUUGUUUUCGACGACUCUGUCUAUCAAAAUCCUGAAAUGGUUAACCAAAAGAAGUAUACUUUUCCGUGGAUAACCAAAAAAGAGAGUAAAAUUCCUAGAAGUUUUGUGGAUUUUGUGGAUAGAGUAUUGGUCUUGCACCAGAAUCCUCUUUUAAACAGAUUCUCUCUUAAGUGUGAAGAUGUUGUUCAUCCAGCUAUUGCCAUUGGUUGGAUACUCAAGGUGUUGGAUCGUGGUGUAUUAGAUCUUGAUCUUCAUUUCUCCACGGAAUUGCAUUGUCCGCUUCCUUCAGAGAUGUUUGUGAGCGAGACUUUGGUUAGGCUGAAAAUAGGAGUUAGAGAUGUUCUCGCCAUUGAUGUGAAAGAUGUUUUUCUUCCAAAUGUUAAGACCCUCUGUCUUGAUUAUGUCAUGAUCAAGAACAGUGAUUUUGCUAAGCUUCUUUCGGGUUGUAAGGCGCUUGAGGAGUUAGUUCUGAACAAUUUGUUCGAGGUUAGGUACUCUUGCUCUGUUUCUAAUAAAACCAUCAAGAAACUAAUGGUUUGUCGUUCGAGAACUUUUGAUGAAAAUCACAAGAGAGUGUCAUUUGAUACACCAAAUCUUGUCUACCUCGAAUAUUCUGAUACUAUUGCAGACAAGUAUCCCAAAGUUAAUCUUAAUUCGCUUGUUGAAGCUAGUCUCGAUCUCCGAAUGACAUCUGAUCAGAUCUUCAAGGCAACUUAUGAAAUACCAGCUCCGGAAGAGAUGGUUGGUAAUGCAACAAAUUUUCUUAUGGGAAUAUGCAAUGUCAAGAUCCUUUACUUGUCUGAUGCCACUCUUGAGGUACUUACUUACUGCUGUAAACCAAUGCCGGAAUUCAACAACCUGAUUCACUUAACCAUUCAGACUGACCCAGAUGUAGCUUGGAAAUCAUUGCCGGCUCUACUCAAGAAUUGUCCAAAACUUGAAACCCUCGUCUUUGAAGGACUCCAUCAUAGAUAUGCCAACUGUGCGGAAGAGGACGGGUGCUUGUGCAAACCCUGUGAGGAUACUACUACUUGCCUAUCAUCAAGUCCGGUGAAGGUUCUAAAGAUAUUGAAGUUUGGAGAAAUCUUUGAUGAUUAUGACAUAGAGGAGCAGAUAAAGCAGGUCAAACACUUCCUAGAAACAAUGCCGAAUCUUGAACAACUUAUAUUGUACUAUGAUACAUCUUUUGACGAAGAUGUGAAUGAAGUGUCAACCCAACUUCAGCGGCAUCCUAGAGCAGCUUCUUCCAAGUGCAAGAUUCAAGUAAUCUCAGAUAACCUCUGCUUGUCAUCUACUGUGCCGUCCACAGUAACGACAAAAUGGGAUUGUCUUCUUUCUGGUUUCUGAGGUCUCUUUAGAAGAACCUUUUUUGCUAAAAGAUCUAAGCUCUAAUCAAAGAUUAUUUUUGGUUAGUAAAGACUUGUUUCCUUAUGCUUUGUCCUGUUGGCUGACAUUGGUAACUUGAUGUUUUGUUAGUAUCAACUCGUUUGUUGUUUAACUUUUAUCUCUUCUUGGUCAUUGGAACUGCAUCAUGUUUAAUGGUU